CAGGAAGCGCGCGAACGGCGAGUUCUCGAGAGUGCGUCUCAGCGUCUUCGGAGUGGAACACCGUCUCAGAAUCGUUUGCUAAUUGCGAGAUGGAACGCCGGACAGUUCGCUGACCACCUUCGAAUUUAGGUUCCGAAGAUUGCCAAGUGGAAGGAAGAAAUUUUUAUGGUGAAAGGUUACUGACUAAGCCAUUAUUGAUCGAAAUCUUCUGAUAUUAGGUUCUUACAAAUGGUCCAACACGUCUUGCUGAUAAAAUCAAAUGGAGUCGAGGUUUCUGUUGAAAACUAGUGUAACACUACCAGGCCUGAGGAAGGAUCCCUGAGCAGCAGACGAUUAUCCGCCAGAGGGAGGUAAAAAAGGAGAGUGAAAGAAGAAUAAAAUAAAAAAAAGCGUCCUGCACCCCCCCCCCCCUAUUUGGAGCGGCAGAACAAAGGCAGCGAGGGGGUGGCUCGUCCAAUGAGCGCGGGGAUGAUGUCAUCGGAAGAGGACCCCGACGAGGGCGGCUUGAAGGCUAAGACGAAACGCGUUCGGCAGAGAGUGGAUGCAGGAGAACCGAGAAACAGCUACGCCAGCAUCCCCAACUUCAGCUCCCGACCGCCCGGCGCACUCUCUUCGCUCUACAACCACAACGGGUACGCCGCUACCAGGAUGCUCUGCGACCUCAUCGGAUCGGGGUUGCGCGGCCUGCCCAAGGAACAGGACAUGAUGGUGAUGGAAGGUGGGACAAGCAACGGGGCUAUGGGCCCUGGACGCGGACUUUUUGUCAACGGUGGAGGCGGUGAAAUGUAUGGAGAAAGAAGUCCAGAAAGAUGUAGCAGUGGAGGGAGCAAUAGCAGCCACCUUCUACGUGAUAUUCUCCAGCAGGGGAGGCAGCGUGGAGGAGGAAGUGACGGUCACGGUCCGGCGAGCCCGCUGGGUGGGGGGGAGACGACCGAGAAAGCGGACGACGAAGACUCGAACGAGAGCAGAAGGAUGUCGACGUCGGUGCCUGCGCCAGUGUCUCCCGCGAGAAGCGGUUCCUCCCGCGGGACCAGUCCGGAGCGGCCCUGGACCAGCGACGAGCCCGCUCCCAACCCCUUGGAACUUAAGCGUGCUCGUGUCGAGACCAUUGUCAGCAACAUGUUGCAAGGACCCACUCCACGAACGAAUGGUGGAGGUCCCGGAUUACAAGCCCCUGUUAAUGGGUGUAAAAAGAGAAAGCUGUACCAGCCUCAGCAGCAUGAGAGGGUCAGCGCUAAUGGUGAGGGUGGUUAUGACGAAGAGGAAGAGGACUUUGAUAACGACCCUUCUGGUAGCCCCCUCAUCAAGCGACGUAGCGCCAGUGGUGCCGGACUGUUCACUUUUCGCCAACAGCUACGCCAUAUGCAGCAACAGCUCGUGGCCAUGCAACAGCAAUAUAUGGAAAUGAUGGACGGUGAUAGUACCGACGAGGACCAGGUCAAGAGCCGGGACUCCUCGGAAGACGUGAAGCCGACUAAAACAGAACCGGCUUCCUUUGUGGAUGAUGACAAUGCCAGUUUAUAUGAUGACCAACGACGGCUGGUCAUUGAUGACCGUAAAGAUGUUAGUGCUACCAAAACAACACAAGACAGUUUGGCACGCGAAUCGUGCAUCGUUCAGCCACCUAAUGUGGACUACGAAUGGUUGGCUGAGUCUCUCAAAGCCGAACUGUCUACUUCUCUAUCGCAAGUAGUGGAUGCUGUUGUGUCCAGGUGUGUUCAACAGCGAAAAGCAAAGUCCACUCCGAUCCCACAAGAAACCCCUAAGGACCCUACUCUGUUGUCUCAGAUGUUGGACCGUAAGUCGCCACGCACCACAGGAAAAGUGAUCGACCGCGGUACUCGCGUCAACGGCCUGCGGACCAGCCCCUAUCCACCGGAUCUGAAUGCUUCAAAACCUCCCCCACCGCCCUUUUUCUUCCCACUGAAGCCCCCUUCUAGCGUGGCCGCCACGGCCGCUUUUCUCUACGGCUCUCCGCCCCGGCCCCCUUCACUCUCCAACCCACCCUACAGCUCCUCCACUCCCUAUAGCUCCUCCACACCGACGCCCGAACAGACUGAAGCCAUGUCUCUAGUGGUGGCUUCCAAGAAGAAGCGCCACAAAGUGACCGAUACGCGAUUACAGCAACGCGGAGCGCAACUUUGCGGGGCGGCGAUGCGAUCAGCUGACUCUUCUAUGGACAUGAGCCCCAAAUACCAGGGCAUGGACCUUCCCCCUCUUUACUCUCAUCCUCCUCCACCUCCUUUGGUGCCGGUCAGCUUACCCACAACAGUGGCCAUACCUAAUCCAAGCCUAAACCAAUCUGAAUUGUUCCAUCCCAAUUUCAGCUACGACCACCACCACCGCCUAUCACAGCAGCACUUUGCGCCCUUGGAAGGACCUGAUGACGACGGUCCGGCUACCAUGCACCCUCUGUUGCCUUUCCACCAACACCCGAGAGGGUCUCCGGACUCCAUGCACAUGUCAUCCCAUGUGAAGCAAGACAGUGGAGACAUGUCGGACACUGGGGAUAGUCCGGCCAACUACGACUCCAACAUAGCUAUGAUAUCCUUUCUACCGGCCUCGAUGCACACGAGUACCUUGACGCCUAUGCACCUGAGGAAAGCUAAGCUCAUGUUCUUCUUCGCCCGCUACCCGAGCUCCGCCGUCCUCAAGAUGUACUUUCCAGACAUCCGGUUCAACAAGAACAACACAGCGCAGCUCGUCAAGUGGUUCUCCAACUUUAGGGAAUUUUUCUAUAUUCAGAUGGAGAAAUAUGCGCGUCAAGCCAUCACAGAAGGUGUUAAAUCUGCGGAAGAUCUGAAGGUGACGCCAGACUCAGAACUUCUGCGAGUUCUCAAUCUACACUACAACAGAAACAACCAUAUACCGUCUCCCGAACAGUUCCGGUACGUCGUGGAGCAGACCCUUCGCGAGUUCUACAAAGCCCUGGUGGCCGGCAAGGACUCGGAGCAAUCUUGGAAGAAGUCCAUCUACAAGAUCAUCGCCCGACUGGACGACACGGUGCCCGAUUACUUCAAGUCGCCCAAUUUUCUGGACACGCUGGAGUGACGGUGGUGGAACCUUUGAACGACGUGCCUUCAAUUCUCCCGCCGAAAUGGUCGUGCUUCUGUGAUGGACACAACCACCUGUCGGCAUUCUUCCUCUCGGGCAUAUCCUUUGGUGAACGCUUAAGUUUUCAAAGAUUUAUCGAACCUAACCGCCGAUCAACCCAAGAACAAAAGAGGCGUCCUCCUGUCAGGUGCCUGUUUUAACUCUAGAACACAUUCAGUGUCAGACUUUUCUCAGAAACGAACUGUAAAUAAGGACAUAACACAAUCGUGGGUGCCCUGAGAACAAAACGGAAGAACUGCUUGAGUCCAAUUUUUUCUUUGCUCCAACUGAAAACAGAAAGGGCUCGAAGGUAAUUUUUCUGUUUUUGGAAAAUAUCCCCAAGAUCAGUAAUGAAAUUUCUAGAAGAUUCUAAUUUAUCUCGAAGAGCACUACCAACUUAAAUAUAUUGUUAAAAGUUGCUAUUAGGAUACAAUCGAAUAUAUAGAUACAGUUUGUCUAUUUCGGAAGAAGAUAGAAACCUUCGAAUGCCUUUUCUGUUUUUAGCUGGGGAGAAGAAAUCCAGUGCUUUUUUUGCUCGUGAAUCGCUGCACUUUCUUCAAAUAACGAACUUAAGAGGACUCUGUGAUCACUUGAAUCUGAUGAGUGGUCUAGUCAGUGCUUUAUAUAUCAUGGAGACCAUAGUAUGGAACUCGUUUAAAUAAUUUCAUCUCCAUUUAUAUAUAUAUUAUAUAUAUUUACUCUUUUAUUUGAAUAGUUAUUAUGUGUGUAAAGAAUCUUUACCCCUUUUCGAGGGACUUUGCACGAAAAACAUUACAUUUUUAUAGAUCUCUUCUGAUUGGAGGAUCGAAUCUGACUCAUUUGGGUGGGGACAAAAAAAAUUUUUUUUUUCUUUCUUUCCGAGAUAAAAAAAAAAAGAAUUCUUCAAUUUUAAAUUAUCGCUCUAAAGAUUCUUUAUAUAUGUUUUGAUGUUUUUCCUUCGUUUUGCACAAUUUUAGAAUGUUACUUGGAAAUCGAAUUUCAGAACAUGCGCAAGUCCAGACCCCGUCCAGCUUUGAUUUUUUUUUUUUUUUUUUUUUUUUUCCCAAAUGGCACAGUUUUGGAAUAUGUAUUUCAAUGCCUUAGAAAAUUAUAAUUUUUAAUUAUAUAUAGAAUAAAAAAAAUAUAUAAUUCCAAUUUUCAAAAGGAUAAUAAAAGGAAAUAAAAUAAAGGAUAUCUUUAAGAAUAAUCAUUAAGUCAUUCGUGAACUCAUCGUGAAUGCGACCAGCCAAUCAGAAAUGUUCACGUAGUUAGGAAACAUAUUUGAUUGGUUAUAGAUUCUCUGCAGAAUUAAGUGUAUUACUCUUGUUUAAUAAACAUAAUAAUUGAAAGUGUAAUGAUAUUUAAAAAAUCAAUUAUUCUUUCAUUUUUUUGGAUAUAAAUUUUCAUUAUAAAUUUUAUUCUGUAGUCAUUCCAAGAUUCAAAAAUUGUAAUUAGUCAUUUUUUGUAAGAUUUUUUCCCCUUUGUUUUGUAUUACUAGUCAUGAGUGUGGUUGUCAAAAAUAUAAUUUAUUGUUUUUUUUAUUGAUAUUCAUUUUAUUUGUAUAUUUGAAUUGUUGUACCUAAGUUUAUUGAGAUUUUGUUUCUUCUAAAUAGAAUAAUCUCGUUAAAUUUCACUGUUGGAUUCGUCUGGCUCUAAAGAUUUAAUUCUAAAAUUAUUUUUUUUCUAAAGAAAAAUACUUUAAUUCAUAAAAUUCUUGGAACUGUGAAUCGGAUCUUGAAAAAUUGUUCUAGUCAGUGAAUCUCUUUUUCGAAUCAGGUUCCGAAUGAAGGUGAACUUUCGGGACGAUGAACGUGAACUUUGGAACGAUUACGUACGUUUAAAAUCAAAAUUUUAUCUCUGUAGUUCCUAAUAAGAAAAUGUUCAGUGCUGAAAUAUUUGUUCAUAGAGGUCAGCUGUGCUGGUGACUGAAAUAUGGAAUUGUAGAAAAUUAAUUCCUUUGUUUAAUCCCAUUUUAAAGCAUAUUGAUUUAUUUUCAAAUAUUUACAGGAAAUUGAGUCUUUCAAAAUUAAUGGAAUUAGCAAAAUAAUAGAAAAGUUUAGCUAGUUUUCUUUAGGUUAUACAUUCUCUUAGACAUUUGUUUGUUUGAGUGGAAAUCUAUGAGUUUUUCUUUUUUUAAAUCAUAAAUAAAAUAAAAUCAUUUUCAAGAAAAUAAUGUUAAUAAUGGAAACAAAAAUAUUCUGCAAUCAUUUUGAAAAAAAAUAAUUCAAAUAUCCUUGUAUUAAUUGAACUAAACAAUGCAUCAUAAAAAUUCGAAUUUUUAUUUGCAUUUGAACUGAAACGAUGAAUUCUGAAAUAAAAGUUGAAAAUAGUUUUAUAAAAUAUGAAAUUUUCUGUAAAAUUGAAUUAUGAAAUAUAGAAAUUCCAUGACAAUUUAUGAGAAUCUAAAGAAAUUAGAAUCUUCAUCGAAAAAUGAUUGUAGUAAAUCGUACAAAGUUCUCAUAAGAACAAAUAAUUUUCAGUUGCUGUAAAUUCAUUUCAUUAAUAUUUGGAAUAAAAUAAAAAUUUUAUAAAAAUAAAUGAAGAAAUCUCGUAAUUGUGAAAUUUGAUGCAUAGCUCUGUGAAAGUUUAGCUAAGUUUCUUCUAAAAAUGUUCUCUUCAAGUCUGUCUAUCCACUUUUUUUUUUUUUUUUCAAAAUUGAUUUUUAAUUGCUAUAAAAAGGGUCUAAUUGUGUCUUACCAUAACAAAUAUGCAAAAUUGAAGGAAAAAAAAGGAAUUUUAUUGAAGGGUGUAAAAAAAGGCAAAGGAAUGACGUCAAUUCUUGGUUCAAAAUACAGUUGCGAGACGAAAUUGCCUUAAUUUAAAUAUAAUUAAAGCAAUUAAUUAAUUGUUCCUGACCAUGGUAAAUAUGAAAAGUUAAAAAAUAAAAAUAGGAAUUCCAUUGAAGGGUGUAAAAAAAGGCAAAGGAAUGACGUCAACUGUUGGGUCAAGAUGAUAGUUGCGAAACGAAACCUCAUUUCCUCCUCUUUGUAAAGAGCGGACAUCCUCCUCACGCAGAAGCUGGGAACAGGAUAACUUUGAGACUUCCUUCAUCCUUUUCCUUAUUCCCUCCUUCGCCUCUUGGCGAUCGCCAAGGCGACGAAAAGAAAAUCACUGUUCGAGCCAGUGAACAAUAAGAAUGCGAAAUGAUGUCUAACAUCGUGAAUAAGAAUAUCUGAAAAAUAAGAACGCGAAUGAUAAUGAAUAAGGAUGCGAAAAAGAAUAAGAACGCGAAUAAUAAUGAAUAAGAACGCGAAAAGAGUAUCUAACAUCAAAAAGAUUGAAUAGAGUUCAUCGCAAUAAUUUUUUUUUCUUAUGAAAAUUAAAUUCCUUGCUGAUUUAACGUUAUGAUUUAAUCAGGCCCUGCUCUUCUAUUCUUGGCAGAUUUAAAAACAUUCGCUGAAAAACAAUAUUUUAAUUUGUUCUUUAUUCAAACUCCAAGAGUUCUUGAAACAGAUAAAUAACGUUGAAUUUCAAAUUAGCAGACGACAAUUUAUAGAGUACAAAAAAAAUGUUGAUAAUAAUUUAUUACAGUAAAUAACUGUAAUAAAUUAUUAUCAACAUUCAAUACGUAACAUUUUCAUUAAUAUUUUAUUCAUGAAAUUUUGAAAAAAAAAAUCUUAUAUUUUUAA